AUGGAAACAUUCUCACCAAGACCGUGGCAUGAAGGCGAACUAUUCUUUCAAAGGCGAAUUGUUGACCGUGGGCGCAGUGAUCCGACAACUCCGUUCCUAGCAGCUCGUUAUGCGAAUUGGAUACAGCAGUAUCCCGCUCUCGCUAUGGGAACUUUAGAUGACAAUGGCAAUCCCUGGUGUACAGUAUGGGGUACAAAUCUCGUACCCUUUGUGAAACCCGUGGCACAGAGUGUUUUAGGUGUUCAAGCUACUGUGGACGCAUCUUUUGAUCCCGUGGUCCAAGCGAUUUGCCGGAACAAUUUUGACAUGAAGAACAAUAACUGUGGCACUGCGGACAAAGAAAUGGAGAUGGGAGGGGUAAGUAUUCACCUCGAGGAGCGUGCUAGGGUCAAGCUGGCCGGCCAGAUCACAGCCGCAACCCUGAAACGCCUCUCUGCGAACCGUGACGUUUUGGUCGGCGGCCGGUCUGAAGGAGCGGCGGGUGAACUGCACCUCAUAGUUAGAAUCGACCAGAGUUUGGGGAAUUGUCCAAAAUACCUCAACAAGAAGCAUAUCGUGGCUCACAUUCCUCGGCCAAAACUCUUAUCAACCUCUCCGCACCUUCCUCAAAAAGCCAUUGAGGUCGUCCAUAAUGCCGAUGCCUUCUUCAUUGCCUCCUCCCACAAACAUCGGGACAUGGACUGCAACUAUCGGGGCGGCCCACCUGGCUUCAUUCGCAUCGUUCAGCCGGAUGAUUCCGAAGAGGCGAGCACCAUUGUUUGGCCUGAAUACAGCGGCAACGCUCUCUAUCAGACGCUUGGGAACCUGAGGGUCACACCGCAGGCUGGUCUUGUUAUACCAAACUUCGAAACAGGCGAUGUUCUUUAUGUGACCGGUAAUACCAAGGUUCUGCUAGGCACGGAGGCUAGCAAUGUAAUUGCCAAAUCAACCGUUGCGGUCGCUCUGAUGGUCACGGAUGCCAAACUCGUCGAAAACGGGCUCCCUUUUAGAGCAAAGGUCGUUGAAGAUGGCGCACAAGGCCGUUCUCCAUACAAUCCACGAGUUCGAUAUCUCACCUCAGAAGAGAUCGGCAAGUUUGAUCAAGUGGAGAGCAGGUUUUGCGCUACAGCGAGAAUGAUCAAGAAGACCAGGCUUACCCCAACCAUCACCAAAUACAAUUUCACUCUGGUCGGCCAUAAAAGCGUCUUUGGCUCCUGGAAGCCAGGUCAAUAUGUCACCAUGGACGCCUCUGCAAGCAUGACAAAAGGCUACAGCCACAUGCGGGACGACGAUCCAACAAGUCUGAAUGACGACUUUAUCCGCACGUUCACCAUCACAUCCCUGCCCAGCGCUGUGGGUGAAGAAACUGAAGAUUUUGAAGUUAUGAUACGGUCGAUCGGGAGCGUGACCAAAUGGCUUGAACAUCAGAAGGACGGCAUUUGUGAAGUUGCUGUCCGCGGCAUUGGGGGAGACUUUACCUUUGCCUCCAGCGCGUGCAACGCGUUCAUUGCCGCUGGAAUUGGUAUCACCCCGUUGCUAAGCCAUCUUGACCACAUCCAUUUCAAUACCUUAAGGACAUUUUGGAGCGUAAGGAUGGUCGAUAUUGGCUUACCUCUAGCUAUCUUAAGAGACUAUCCUGCGUUAAUCAGGAGCACUACCAUCUAUCUCACCGGGUUUGAGGCUCUUCCGAACAAAGACGGUGGUAAGGGCAACGAGGAGAUUCAACGGUUAAUCGACACUGGAGUCUUGGUCCAACAGAGACGACUCUGUAAAGAGGAUUUGCAACCUUGUCUGCCGCAGAUCGAGAAUUGGUAUGUUUGCACCGCUCCAACGAUGAGGCGACAGGUCCAUGAAUGGCUACCUGGAACGGUGAUACACUACGAAAAUUUCGAUUUUUGA